AAAGGAACGAGGUUCAUCAAAAGGAGCAUAGAAAGGAGAAAGAGUGACUGACCAUACAACCCUUGCUCUGCCAUUGUUGCGACCUCUUUCUGCAGUAUGAAACAAAAGAAGAAAUGGGAAAGGAGAAGCCAAAAUCCAUAGGAGUAUGGCCUGCAGUGAGACCCUUUGUCAAUGGCGGAGCGUCUGGCAUGCUCGCUACCUGUGUUGUCCAACUCAUCGACAUGAUCAAGAUAAAUUUUGUAACUUCCACAAAUACGCACACUAUCUAUUUGAGAAUGGGAGCUAUGAGGAGGCUAUGGAACAGUUUUUGGCAUCUCAAGUAGAAACCACAUAUGUGCUUUCUUUAUAUCCAUCUAUUGUCCUUCCGAAAUCAGCUGUGGUACCUGAGCCGAAGAAGUAUAUAGACAUCACCGGAGAUACUCCAUAUCUGUCAAGAGGCUCGUCUGGUAUAUCAGAUGAUGUCUAUAUACUUCACAGAUGAUGGAAUCCCCACCUACUUCACAGCUGUUGGAAUCUGAUGAGAGUGCUGCCCUGGAGUCCAAGAAAAUGAGCCAUAACAUGCUAAUGGUUCUCAUCAAGUUUUUGCAGAAGAAGAGAUACAGUAUAAUUGAAAAAGCCAUUGCUGAGGGAACUGAGGAAGUUGUUUCAGAUGCUGUUGGGGAUAAUUAUGUAUCGUAUGAUUCCAAUCGGUUUAAGAAAUCAUCCAAGGGCCGAGUUAACAUUUCCAUUAGCUCAGGUGCUAGAGAGAUGGCAGCAGUGCCGCAGUGCCGACAUCAUUUGGCCCAAUUAUUGAAAUGGCCAUGACAAUUGUUGAGAAGAGUGGUGGCCAGUACCAUGUUUUGUUAAUAAUUACAGACGGACAGGUUACUAGAAGUGUUGAUUCUGAGCAUGGUCAGUUGAGUCCACAGGGGAAGAAAACUGUUGAAGCAAUUGUAACAGCAAGCAAGUUACCCUUGUCUAUUAUAUUAGUUGGGGUUGGAGAUGGACCCUGGGACAUGAUGAGGGAGUUUGAUGACAACAUCCCGGCUCGGGCCUUCGAUAAUUUCCAAUUUGUCAAUUUCACAGAAAUUAUGUCAAAGAAUGUGGCCCAAUCCCGAAAAGAGACAGAAUUCGCUCUUGCAGCGUUGAUGGAAAUUCCUUCUCAAUAUAAGGCAACAAUAGAGCUCAAUAUAUUAGGUGGCCAGAAAGGGAAUGUUCCUGAGAGGGUUCCCCUCCCACCACCUGUAUAUAGUGCACCUUCGUUUAGCAGCUCGAAAUCUUCAUGUUCAUCUAAUUUCCAGCAGAGCUCGGCUCCUUAUCAUGGCCACAACAGUCCUAUUAGCACAGCUCCACCUGCUUCAAGUUCUACUUUUGAUAACCAGGUAAAUAUUGGGACAAGGUUGUUGACAAGAAUGCACCAAAUGAAGAAGUUUGGUUACGGAUUGAGGAAAUGUGCAGAAGAAUGAGAGCAUCUGCUGUUCCUAUUAUGUCUGAUUCUGAAGGUUAUUAUGUUUACUUGUUCCUUAAUAUAUUUACUCCCUUAAUUUUGCAAUUCUAUAGCUUUAACUAGUUUUUAUCAUUAUUUUUUUAGGCUUCACCUUGCUAAUUCAAUUGGUACUUAUGUUGGAUGUAUUGGUUAUGACUUAGUGACUAAUUCCGAAUGCUCUAUGUUCCACAAGGAUGACAUGAAUGUUAGUUUGCACCUCAAUUAUAUAAAAAAUUCUCUUUAGUCUUGGCGAUGUAAUUCCAGCAGACCAAGAAAGUCAAUAAGCUAUCGACGUAAAGAGAUAGCUUAUUCAUCAUUCAAUUUUCACGGAUGGUGACAAGUCUUCGUGGAAGCUAGAUUCUUCCUCAAACAUUGAUUCCACUGUUUAUCCUCUUUUUACUCUUUUCAAAUUGUUGAAAACUAAACCAUUUCAGAAGGUACUUUAUUUGUCUCUUUGAGCUCCUUUGAAAUCCAACAUCUGAUGAGCACUUGAAAUUUAUGAUUAUGUUUAUUUUCUGUAACAUUCAUAAUGGUUGCCAAUCAAAAACAUUUAUAUUGCUUCUAUCACUGCUUCAAUCAGGUUGAAUUCACCCCAGAGGAACUUGAUUCUCGGAACAGGUCACUAAAUCUACAAUCAGUUGACACUCCCAUGGAAUCACAUGAUUUCUUCACGGUCAACCCUCAAACUGAGACACAAACAAACAACCCAUUUCCAGACCCUUCUGCUUUAGAUGAAGAGUGUGAAUUAAUGGAUUCUACAAACUCCAAUGACGGGGAACAACCUGUUCUGCAAAAGCUUGAUGGUUCUCAACACUGUUACCCUGUUAUGUUUCCUGCUUAUAUCACUUAAUUCUUACCAUUUUCAGUUCACAGUACAGAGGCGGCUAAAACGGGAGAGACACACGAAGUGCUUAAGCCCAUAGCAGUACAUUCAAAGAGCCCAAUUAAUGUUGAUGAGCUGGUUGGAAUCUCAAAACUCAACAUUGGGGAAUCCUUUGGGGAUGCGGGCCCCUCCCCUCUCCCGCUCAAACUACUUGAAGGUUCGUCUAGUAGGCAGUCGUCUUUCCAGGCUAAUCCUGGCUCGGGGAGCUCACGUGUUAACUUGAGCAGCAAUCCAAUCCAUGCAGUUUAGAACUCUAUCUUGAGAUUACGGGGUGCUACUUGCUGACGGGGUCUAGAGAGACUUGUUAAUACAAGACAAUAAUGUGCAGUCUAGUUUGAAUUUAGUUAUAGUUGUCUUUGUUGGAUAACCUUUAAUAAGUUUUUUAUUUCUAGGAAUUGUUAACUUAAAAGUCAAUUCUAACCUUGUAGGGUUUAUAUCAACUUGUUUCAUAAUUUCUUGAA